AUGAUAUUAAAAACUGUGACAGAAUAUUAUGAUCAGAAUAAUUCUAAAGUAAGUGAAUUUAUCAUAACUCCUAUUUCUUCAGAUCUGAACAAUUUACCAAAAGCUGAAAUAUUAGCAAAGUCUUUAUCAGAAGCUCAAAUAA